AUGGGGACCUUCGACCUAUGGACAGAUUACCUGGGUUUGGCACGCCUGGUUGGGGCUCUGCGUGGGGAAGAGGAGCCCGAGACCAGGCUGGACCCCCAGCCACAGCCAACACCAGUACCAGAGGCUGAGAAGCCCAGCCCGGAAUCCUCACCAACCCCUGAACGCCUGUGCUCCUUCUGCAAACACAACGGCGAGUCCCGGGCCAUCUACCAGUCCCACACGCUGAAGGACGAGGCGGGCAGGGUGCUGUGCCCCAUCCUGCGCGAUUAUGUGUGCCCCCAAUGUGGCGCCACGCGUGAGCACGCCCACACCCGACGCUUCUGCCCACUCACCGGCCAGGGCUACACCUCUGUCUACAGCUACACCACCAGAAACUCGGUCGGCAAGAAGCUGGCGCGGCCUGAGAAGUCGAGGACACAGGACGUGGGCCACCGCCGAGGAGGAGGAGGAGCAGGAGGAGGAGCAGCAGCAGCCGCAGCAGCAGGUUCCAGAGAUGCCGAGAAGUCUUCUGGACCUUCGCCCUCUUCCUGCAGUCCCUCCACUUCGGCCUAGGAGGCUGGCGGAGGGAGGACCGGGAUGCCGCCUUCACCAGCAAUGGGGACCCAGGCUCUGUGGAGGCUGGAUUUCGGCAGAGAUCCACCCUGCGAGGACCCGACCUUGGGCCGUUCCCCCAGCCUGGGCUCGAGGCACGGCAGGGGGUGGGGGUGAGGGAUGCAAAAUAUAGCCCCCGUGAUGAAGGAGCCAGCCGUGCUGGGGCACCCCUACCCUCCCUGCAGGCUGCCCUCUUCCCAGCGCUGGGCACCUAGUCCGCGCUUAAUAAAUGCUUGUGAAUGGGUCAGCGUCAAA